AUGAUGUACGACAGCGUGGCUACUUUAUUUGGCAGAAUCGCCACGAUUCUAAACGGGUUCAACCACAAGAAUCCCCCGCCAACCAACCUAUCAGACUUGGCAGGAGUAGCGUUCCAAGCCUUCACACAAGAAAUCAAGGACGUUGUGGCUGAACACCUAGAGACGGGAGCAGCAGGACCGCUACUUAUGGACUACCCCAGCAACCUGUCUCGAAUGCACCGCCUACGCGAACGAGCUGAGAAGGAAGAGAAGCGCAUCAAGCAACUUGUGGGAAUUGCAAACAGCGCGGGACGAAUCAGACCCAACAGAAGCUACGUUCCGGGACGAUCUGCACCACCAAGACCAGGAGGAAGAGCCUUCGCAGGAUUCCACCAACCAGAAUUCCAAGGAUUCCAGGGAAUCCAGGAUGAAGGAGGAAAGUGCGAAUGGUUGGAUACCGCUUGA